AUGUUUAAGAACUAUCUACGUAAGUGCUCUAUUUUGAGAAAAUCCAAUUCAUCUACUGCGGCGAAUGUGGGUCAACCCAUAGGAACACCAGAAAGUGAAGAGAACACAGAGGAAUUCCCUCCUCCUCCUCCUCUUCCUCCUCCUAUUGUUGUUGAUGAUGAUAAUAAUUAUGAUGAUGAUGAUUAUGAUAAUAAUUAUGCAGCUGUUACUGCGGCUCCUUUAAAGGUGGAGAAAAGAGAAGGAGAAGUAAGUGAAUAUACAUCAGAGUUAAAUAAUGAAGAUAUCUCUUCUAUACAAGAACAGCAACAGCAGCAACUACAACAACAACUACAACAACAAGCUAUACCUCUGCGAAGAAUUGAUGUUUAUGAACAUACAAUCGUACCUACUGGUGAUGAGUGUAGUGAAAGCGAGAAUAAUGAUAAUAAUGACGAUGACUUCAUAUUUGAGGAAGAACAGAAGCAUCCUUUGAAUACUCUAAAGACAUCAAAUCCUGCUGUAGCUGUAUUGUUUAGCGGCAAUGAUAACAAAGAUGCCACUAACAAUAAUAAUAAUAAUAAUAAUAAUAAUAAUAAUAAUAAUAACUGUGGUAGUAUUAGCAGCAGCAGCAGUAAUAGUAAGAGGAGUCUUUGUAGUAAUAAUGAUUUUCGCAUGACAUAUGGAUUAACAGAGCGUGAGGGGUUAGUACAUCUCCCCAGAUAUCCAUCAAAACCUCGAGACAUAGCCACACUUUCGCCGCCCUCCACUGGAGAACAUCCACUCACAGAUAAAUCAUUAUCAGGACAGUCUCAACAACAGGAAGAAGAAGAAGAAGAAGAAGAAGAAGAAGAAAAGAUAGAUCCGAUUCCUUUUACACAAAAAAUAAGUGUAGCGAUACCUAAUGAUCGUUUAUCAUUUUUAUACUAUGAUGAUGAUGAUGAUGAUACCGAGGUGACAGGCAGUACACUGGAUGAACCCAUGACACCACAAAGUUAUUCUUCUAUUAUGAGAAGCAAUGAGUGGAAGAAGUGGAGCACUACGAAUCUUAAUAGUGGUACUACUGGCAAUAAGCAAACACUUGGUGGAUUUGGAAAUAGUGUAAGCAUGUAUCCAAGACAACGGAAAACUGGAAGUAUGAAUGCAUCAUGUUCUCUUAGUUUGAAUUGUUCCAGUACAACCUCUAGUCGUUAUCGUGCUGGAUCGGAACCACGACAAAGUGAUUCCAUGAAUGUAGAGAUGGGUUUACAUAACGGUGAAUAUGGAAAACCACCUUUUCCUGUUAUGAUUUCCAAUUCUAUGGAAUUCACUCAACGUAGUUAUUAUGGCUCAAACAAUUUUUCAGGUGAUUGUAAAGAUAUGGAGAGUCCUACAGAAAUUCGCCGUCGUGAUUCUUCACGUCUCUCACAGGUUUCUGUACUUCCCCCAGAACCGAAGGAACUAACAAAUGUAAAUGUUGGUCGUCUACGUUCAGUUUCCCUAAAAGGGCAUGUGUUGGAAAGUAGUUCUGUCGAUAAACAGCCAGUUGGUAAUUAUCAAAAGUUAUUGAAUGAUAAGUAUGUCAUUUAUUCUAAAUGGAAUCUUGGCGAGGGAUCCUAUUCAAAAGUACUGCUCUGUUAUAAUCUGGAGGAUGAGGUGUAUUAUGCAAUGAAGGUGUUGGAUCGUGUACGAUUGCAGCGAAAAGGAUUAGGUGUAGAUUGUGCCUUACAUAAAGUACGUCGUGAAAUUGCGAUUAUGAAAAAACUACAACAUCGUAAUAUUAUUAAACUUGUUGAGGUGAUUGAUGAUCCACGUAGUAGAAAGAUUUAUCUCGUUUUAGAACUUGCUGAACAUGGUGAGAUUAUGUCUCUACGGGAUGAUGGUACAGUAAUUCCAAUUGAUGGAAGCACAACACUUCCAGAAGAGGAGGUGGUACGUGUGAUGCGGAGUAUUGUGAGUGCGGCGAUGUAUGCCCAUCAUCUUGGUAUUGCCCAUCGUGAUAUUAAACCACAAAAUAUUUUACUCACUGCAGAGGGAGAUGUGAAAUUGUCGGAUUUUGGGGUUUCCAUCAUUGUAGAUGAUUCCUCUGCACGGGUGCGGCGGGAAGGAAGUGUGGCAUUUCUACCACCAGAGAUGCUGAUAUCAUCGGAAGUCCAAGUAGCUCCAUCGGCAGAUUAUGUACACUCAGAGUGGUGUAGGAAUAAGAAUGAUAAUGAUAAUGAUAAUAAUAAUAACAACAUUAUCAACAAGAAGCAUAGUCAAGGUAUACCCAUCUCAACAGCAGCAGUAGCAGCAACAGCAAGAACAACAACAACAACAACAGCAGUAGAUAUUACAGGGGAGUCUACAAUGGAAACAACUCCAAUCCGUAAUGUAAUGCGUGCGUGUAGUUCGUGUACUGCUCUUUGCAAAUGCGGUGGAGAAAUAAAAGAAGAAAAAGAAAAAGAAGCGGUGGCCCAUCCGGCAUCAGCGCCGGUGUUUCCUCAGGCGUGGGCCACUGCUGCCCACACAUGGAUAUUAGGAAAUAAUAACAAUAACAAUAAUAACAAUAACAAUAAUAACACCGCAGUGCCCGCACCGCAAGUGGAUCUCUUUAAAGCUGAUGUGUUUUCUCUCGGAGUGACGGCCUUCGUUCUUUUGAUGGGCCGCCUGCCGUGGCGAGCGCAUGAUGUGCGUUCGCAGUUAGAGGCUAUACUUGCCGAGAGUGAUCCGUUUAAGGUGGAGUUUGAAAAGGCCUAUGCUGAAAUGAAGAAGAAGAAAAAGGAGGUAGUGGUGGAAUCUUUAGAAGGAGGAAAAGGAAGAAAAUUAAAAAAAGAAUUGGUGGAGGAAUUAUUUUCACCUAUAUGUAAAGAAGUUUUACCAGAUUUCCAGAAGAAACAUGAUGAGUGUUUGUUGAAUCAUGUUAAGAUCCCACAACUCCAUAAGUGUUGUGAAAAUGUAGUCACACCAUCUACCAAUGAGAAGGGAAAUCUUUGUACGCAGUUGGGUGAAUCCCCAAUACCGUCUAUUAUAAAAGUGAAUAAGGAUGAAAUGCUAAUAGAUAGCAGUGAAACUGAACAACAAAUAUUAAAGAAAACAACACCAUAUUUUCAAUCAUUUCAGCAUACAUGUGAAGUUUCACCAUCUGCAUGGGAAUCUGAUACCUCACAUCAUCGUAUAAACUUUAUCCAUGAGGGUAGUAACAGUAGUACUGUCACAACUGCUGGGUUAACACCUUAUGGAAGUUCACAAACUUAUUAUACUCAACGAACACGCUCUUCUACAAGAAGUGGUGAAAUCCCAACAGCUGUUCCAAUCAUAUUUGUGAAUCCUACACGAGAUCGACAUACAUCUAGUACUCAAAUAGAUUCCAUGUUGAAUACAAGUGCCUGUUCAUCCCUUAGUCCAAAGUUACCAAAGAGUCUUAAACAAGGUAGUCAAGGUGGAGGAGAGUCCGGGUUUAUUCGCUCAGAGGAUGUUAUACUAGAGGAGGUCUCGUCUUUACGAGAGAGAGAUGAAGGGAUAGAAGUUCCCAACAUUACAAUGAAAUCAUUUGGAAUGCAAAAAGAAUCCCCUUCUUUUUCCUGUGAUCAACAUAUUCUGACUCCUACUACUACGACUACAAGUAAUACUGAUGGGGUGAAUGCUACUAUGGGUUCUGUUACUAUAAUGGUAGAAGGUAACGAGAAAAUGGCAGAGAAGCAAACUGGAAAUGUACCAGAGGAACAACUAAGCUAUUUACCAGCAACAAAAACAAAAGGAGAAAUCUCAGCUCAUGCGAUUGACUUUAUCCGCUGUUGUUUAAAGGUAGAUCCCUCGGAACGAAGUACUAUGUUUGAUCUGUACAAUCAUCCAUGGAUACAGGAAUUAAUUGCAAGUGAAAAGGAAACAGAUAACCAUUCGUCUCCUAUUUUUCCUUGUGAUGAAACUCAUUGUUUACAUAAUAACGAUGAUAAUAAUAACAAUAAUAAGGAUUACCAUGGAAUAGUAAGAGAGAAUCAUGGUCUUUCCAAUAUGAAUAGUACUUUAAGUCACGUAAAGAGAGAGGGAUCAACAACAGAUUUAUCUAAAGAUGAUAUAAUAACGAAAUUAGUGAGCUCUGAAGAGGUAAAAGCAACUCCAUUUGUAUGUAUGACGAAUAAUGAUAAUGAUAUUAUCAAUAGUACAACUAAUAAGGUCUUUGAUGAUAAAUACGAAUUAGAGUUAUCAGGAGUACCUGAAAUAACUGAUAUGCAUAUCUCUGGGGACUCUAAUAUUAUAAAUUCAGAAGGUUUAUAUAAUUCUUUUGUACAUCAUUCCACAGAUGCGAUUCUAUCACCAUUGCCCACUGUAUUUAGACCUUCUGAUUCCAAUCAAGCUGUAUCUACAAGUACAGUUACCGUAUCUGCACUAACAUCACCAGUGAAUAGCUGCGCUGAGCACAACCGAAUAGAAGCAUCGCCCACUACAGUGUGCCAACCUCAUCUUUUUCAACUCAAUCAUCAUCAUCAUCUCAACAACAACAACAACAACAACAACAACAAUAUCAAUGACAACAGCAACAAUAGUAGUAGUCAUAAUAACAAUGCUACUAGCAUUAUCAGCAGUUGGAGCAGCUACAAUAAUAAUAAUAAUAAUCAGAAUAGUCAGAGUAAUAACAAUGAAGAUCCCAUCAUCAAUAGCAGCAGUAAUAAUGAUUAUGAAUACCAUACCGGCUAUGCAAUGUCGGCGGAUUUGGCGUCUGCAGUAACGCACGCAACGGCGAGUACACGACUACUGCGGGGAUAUGAAGAAAUUGCCGUUCCGUGUUCACUCGCCGCCCGACUGCGGGGCCGCCAUUCACUGCGGUACAGUUGUGAUGAUAGUUGUAUGCAAUCACGUGUGCUCACGAACAUAUCAUUGCAGACCCUCAGCAGUGCGGAGGAUGUCUCCCCUCACAGCCGCACUGCGGCCAUCCAUGGAGAGAUGGAGGAUAGGAGAGAAGUGGAUCUUCAUCCUCACAAGAGUAAUGAAACAGAGAAGAACAAUAAAGAGAAGAUAAAGAGAAAUCAUCAUCAUCAUCAUCAUCAUCAUCAUCAAGGUAAAAACAAAAAUACGACUGAAUACGUGGGAGAUAAGGGGUUUAGUAGAGGAUGCAGUGGUGUUGCUACUUCUCAUUUGGCAGGGGAUGGGUGUCCGUUCCCCCUUCUACCAUCUACAGAAGAUUCUCCUUUGAGUAUUCCACAAGGGAAAGAAGAGUCACAUCAUAAACAUAAUUUUAGUGAUCAACAUCAACAUUAUCAUUAUUAUCAUCGACGCUGUUUCUCUUGUCCUAAUUAA